AUGAGGCUCCGGUGUCCAGAUCUGAGCAUAGAAGCACAGAAAGAGAUCAGUCAGUUUAGUAUAUGGGUGCUAGAUAUUGGUGAGGGCAAUGUAGAAAACAUUAAAAACGACAGCGAGCCGGAGGCAUCAUGGGUUAGGAUACCACGCGACCUGUUGCUUAUGCCACAAGGAGACAAGAUCACCGCCAUCAUUCAGGCUGUGUACCCAGAACUAUGUGCAAGAUACUAUGACCAACUCUAUCUUCAGAACCGUGCUAUUUUAACUCCAACCAAUGAGACUGCCGAUAGUAUAAACUCACAUGUUGUGUCCUUGAUACUCGGGGCUGAGAGGGAAUACUUAAGUUCUGAUAGAAUAGCUAAAUCCCCAGGAACCCAUGAGUCUUACGAUCUAAUUUCGGUUGCAGUCCAUGGUGUCCUCUGGGUUAGGCUACUGUUUGUGGACAUCCAAGAAACGUUUUUUGGUUACCAAGUUAGAACCCUUGGCCUUGAUUUUUUGCGGUGUGCUAUGGCUUUUGACUUGCUUCCUGCUUUGCGCCCCUGUGCGUGGCGCUCGGUCAUCUGUGUUUGCGUCUGCCGCAAGUGGGAGUAUUGUGGUGGAACUGAUGAUGGCCCGAUCCAGCACGUUGACCUUGUGCUUGUUGAUGAGAAGAUACUUCUGUACAUGGUUAUUGCAGGGCAACAGCAUGUAUGGGUGUCAAAUGCAAAGUCUGGUUACAGGCCUGUUGCCUCUCGCUAUAUGGUUGAGUUCAUGCUGCACACGGUCGUUUCAGCUGCAAGGACUGAUAUGCCAGACUUUCCAAAGUAUGCUUACAGGAUUACACCAAUAAGUGACCUGCCCUCCCAUGCUGGUGACACCAGAGAUUUCGUUGAUACCAUUGGGCUGCUGGUGGAGAAGUCUGAUGCUUACACGGUUCACCUGCCCAACAAACCUGCCCCUACACUCACCAGGCACAUUGUUCUGAGAGAUUUAAGCUACUCUGAGAUGAAGGUCACCCUAUGGGGAGAGAGGGCUGCUGCCUUCAACACUGAUGCUGUCAACAAUGGUGCUGAGGAUAAACCUAUUGUCGUGUUGUUUGUUGGAGGCUUGAUGAAAUCCUAUCAAGGUACUUACUAUGUUAGCGCCAAUACAGCGUCCCGGUGGUAUUUCAACCCACCUAUUCAUGAGGCCCACCAGUUUUAUGACAGUUAUCAGAACCAGAGAGUUCAGAUCAGAUCUGUUCCGGCACCAGUGGAGCAGCAAGGUCAAGUUCAAGCGCCUGCCCCUCUUGAAGAGAAAACUCUACGAGAACUGAAUGAGAUGGAUCCAUAUGAUUUUGCUGAAAAUGGGUACCGCUGCACUGUGACUAUUGGUUGGCUUGUUCCCAAUGUAUCAUGGUGGUUUCCAUCUUGCAAUAUAUGCAGCAAGAGCUGUGUUCCAGAUGGCUCUGGCAACAAGUGUAAUGGAUGCUCGACAAACUCUUUCAGGUUCAAGUACAAGAUUUCCUUUGUGGCCCUUGAUGGCACGGAUGAGGCAGAGAUGGUAAGCUUCGGUGAUGUUGCUCGUCGCAUCAUUGGGAAGCCAGUACAGCAAAUCCUUAGAACAGCUACAAAUGCUAACACAUAUCCACCAGAUGUUACCAAGAUGGUUUCUCUCAGAUUCACCUUUCAGGUCUCUCUGACUCAGCAGAGCUAUUACAGGCAGCAGAAAACCUAUCAGGUUGUUUCUGUGGUGACAUCACAUGGUCAGCCAAAUGCUAUUCCUUAUGCUCCUGUGAACGAAGAUGGUGCCCAUCCCAGUACUCCUGAGUCUGAUCAUAGCCUCACUGCCGCCACUGAUGAUGGAUCAGAAUUGGCGACACCUAAUUCUGUGACAGACGGCGGUGUUCCGUCUCCGGUGGCUACAAAUACCCCACCUCCAUCUCUUCGCAUUGACGACACGCCGCCAGCAGAGAAGAAAACAGGAGAUCAGUCAGCUAAAACCAGGAACCCAUCUUCUCGAAAGAGGUUGACCUAUGGCUCUGAUGACCUUGGACAGGCUAGCUUGACAGAUAAAGAUUCGCAGGAAGAUAACGCAUCAGCUGCUUCACUGGAUGGCGCUUCCAUUGAUGUGACCAAGAGGUACCCCGUGCCGCUUCAAAUCUUUUGGCUGGAUGGAGUCGCUGCCUUUUACCAUCCAGAGAAGACUUCUGCCUGCUUUUGCUGCUGUCCUAUCCUCCAUGUUGGGAAGCAACCGCCUGAUGAUGUGUCGUUCAGUGUUGUUUUGCAUACUGACAGCGCUGCUUAUCCUCCUUGGUUUCAGCUCCCACUACACUUCUUUGCUGCUUCAUCCAUGGACACCACAAAAGCCCUUUCUGAUCUAGAGCUCAUGGAGGACGGUGAUCGACUCCCAAAGGCUCCAAAAGUUCUUCGGGUGAGCAGGAAAGAGCUAUUUGCUCUAGCUGCGAAGGAGUUCAAGCUGACUAUACAGUCGGAGAAAACGACACAGAUCGAUGGGGACACGUUCAUCACCAGGCUAGAGAUUGGCAAUAUUGGGUCAAAAGAAUCGUGUGAUAGGGAAACCAAAGAGUUUUUGGGCAGCUCUGCACUCACAAAGAACCUAUCAAUCGAGAACGCUUACCACACUGUGCUAACACACCUUGAAAACGAAAAGAGAAUAGUAAUUGACGAUUACAAUGCUGAACAUGUUUCAAAACUCAAAGCUGACGUGUUUCGCUCUAACACGUGGCUCAUGUUGUUCGAAGACAAAGCUAAAAAACUAAAAAAUGAGAUCAGUGCAAAGAAGAUGGCGCUCCAUCAGUUCUUGUCUUCAUUUGACUCUGUGUGCCAGGAGGCUUCAAUGGUGCUUCCACUCCUUCCACCCAAGCAGAUGGCAUCCCCAAGAAAGAAAAGCCGUCAGGAGAUGAUUCAGAGCAGUUGCAAGAUAGAUCCAGCUUCGGCCUGCUGCAGCCUCUCAAAGACUCUUAACGAAACUGCGUGCAGAGCUGCUAUGUCUUCUUGA